CCAAAAGAAAGAAAAAAAGAAAUAAAAGAAAUGAUUAGUAUUAAUAUGUGGUUAAAACUUAAAAGCGAGAAGAGCAAGUAUAAGUUGAAGGCAGCAAUCAUUGUCCUAUGCUUCUACACUUCCAGCUACGCUCCUACCCCACUCACUACCUCCAUUCUUCACCGGCAAAACCACCCCCAAAAACACAUCAAAUAUUAUUUCGUCUACCGAUCUGUGUUUAGUUGAAGAAAAAUAAUAAUAAUAAUCUACGUGGAGUUGCAAGGAAUUAAUGUGGUAAUAAUCUUCUAUCUUCGAUGGAGACGAACAACUUAAUCCACGUGGCCCAGCAAAGGCGGCGUGACAGGCUCAGAAUCCUUCACCAACAAGCUUACAAUGAGCAAGAAGUUGAGAAUGUUCUAAAUUACCAACACUCUGGAUUUCGCGAUUUUGCCCAACGGAGGGACUGUUUGGCUGCACAUCAGCAAGACCUUGACAAUAAUAAUAAUAAUAAUUUGUGUAGACAAGUCCCAGCAGUUAACUUCAAUCAGGUUUCGGACACUUGUUGGAGUCAGGAUCCGAGUAUCCUUUCCGGGCCGGGCCUUCCCAGCCCUAUCCACGGCGAUUUUAAUCUGGACUCGCAAUCCCAUAAUUGUGGCCUUACGGCUGCCUCAUUUUAUCAAAAUCCACUGCAGGAGCUCGUCUCCAGUUGUGAUUUGCAAUCCAGUAGGCCCGACGGGCUUCUUUCGGGCCCGGAUAACUUAAUCCAUCAUUUUGCAGAUGGCGUUCACUACACUCAACAGGGACUUGCUCUCUCCCUCUCAUCCCUCCCGUCUUUCAAGGCUCAGUUUGACCAAGGAGAUUUGACUUUUUCGGGCAGUGAUAAAUUUUCAGGGAGCGCUCGUCAAAGUGCUCAGGCUUUGAUAGGCAAUCGGUGUCCGGGCCCGCUUGGGCCUUUCACGGGCUAUGCCACGAUUCUGAGGACUUCGAGGUUUUUGAGGCCCGCGCAAGUGUUGUUGGAAGAGCUCUGCUGCAUGGCCCGGCCUGUCAAUACUCAGAUUUGUGAGGGGAUUGGUAAGAUUUUAGAGCAAGAUAGGGUUUUUGUUGAAGAUGAUGAUGAUCGACGGCCUGGAUCAAAUCCAUUAGCUGCUGGCUCCUUAUUUGGGUUUAACGGGUCUAAUGAAAACAAUUUUCAGAAGAAGGCAAAGCUAUUGUGUAUGCAGGAUGAGGUGUGCAAAAGGUACAAACAGUAUCAACAACAGAUGCAAAUGGUGGUGUCAUCCUUUGAGUCUGUGGCAGGCCUAAGUGCCGCCACUCCAUACAUUUCUUUAGCUUUAAAAAUGGUGUCGAAAAACUUCCGGUGUCUAAAGAAUUCGAUAACCGAGCAACUCAAGGACAUUCGUGGCGCAAUUGGAGAGGAUCCAUCAUCAUCACCAUCUGCCGGUAUAAGCAGUGGCAAAGUUGGUGCUAGUAGUUCUAUGAUUAAGUUUUUCGACCAAAGCUUUCAAAAGCAGAACAAUGUGGGCCUUCUUCAAGGCCCACAUGUUUGGAGGCCUCAAAGAGGCCUUCCCGAACGGGCUGUCUCUAUUUUACGUGCGUGGCUGUUUGAUCAUUUUCUUCAUCCGUAUCCAACGGACACGGACAAGCAUAUGCUGGCUGCACAAACUGGUCUGACAAGAAAUCAGGUGUCAAAUUGGUUCAUCAAUGCCCGAGUCCGAGUGUGGAAACCAAUGGUCGAGGAAAUUCACAUGCUAGAAACAAAAGGAAAUUCCGACAUGUGCACGGAUAAUAAAACUGCAACAACCACUGUUUGCGGUCAACCAAAUGAGACGACUGGUCAAUGCUCAAAUACAAUUAGAAGGAGCAGUUGUUCGAAUUUGGAUCCUACAGAAAAGCGAUCUAGAAUGAAUUAUUACCACGUUCCAAAUAGUGACGGUAUUAAUGGGUCGUUAAUGGGGUUUUUGCCACCAUUGAAUGGAGUCGAAACGGGGGGAUUGGGUCCAGUUUCGUUGACUUUAGGCCUCAGGCAAAGUGCCGAGAACGGGCAUCAGAUGCAUUAUGGGAGUAGGGUUCUUAGAGACUUUGUUGGCUGAUUUAUAUAGUGAAUCUAAAAUGUCGUGAUGGGGUUGUUUUUGUUGGAAUGAGGUAGGAAAAGCAACAGCUGAGAGGAAAGGCUGGGCAGAAAUCUUCUAAGGAAAGUUGAUAAGUUUGAGAAACGAAAAUUGUGAUCAUGAUUCUCCAUAAAUUGAGAUAAAAGAAGUGUUAGAGCAUAAUGUAGUUCUCAGAUUAAUGAACAAAAAAGUUGUGAAUAUUGGGUUGCACGUUUUUUUUAACUUCUUUCUGCAUGUAAUUCUCGAAUGUGGGGAGCUUAAGUGGUAGGUUCGCAUGUUACGUAAUCUUAUGUGGCAAAUUUUUAAACUUUAUUGUUCGGUUUUGGAUAAAUUUUAAUUUAUUUUCAAUUCAAAAGUAAC